AUGAGCAAGCUUGUGUACUCUCCCCGGAUCGAGGUCGAGAGUGCAAUGCAGGGCAAGGACGGCAUGGGGUACGAGCAUUUCCACUGGUUCGAGGCGGACCCGGAGGUGUCGGGAGCAUCAAUCUGGGACCGCAUCCAAGACACGGAGGCGUUCGUGGCGGCGAACGAUGACGUCAUCCUGGUGGUGUUCCGCGGCUCGAGCGAACUCACGGACUGGACGACGAACUUCAACCUGGUCCGCCGACUCGUCCCGAGCAACUGGGGCCUGGACGGUCUCGGCUGCGACGUGCACCAGGGCUUCGACGAUGGAGUGGAGACAGUAUGGAACCCGGGCUCCGCUCACCCCUCGGGUAUGCGCAACAUCAUCAAGACCCUCUGCGAGGAGGAGGGCAAGAACCGCAAGCUGUACCUCGCCGGGCACUCUCUGGGAGGCGCCCUGGCCACCGUCGCGGCGGCCCGCCUGGCGUUCAUGGACGACGUAAAGAUAUCUGGGAUGUACACGAUCGGGAGCCCCAGAGUGUUCGGUGAGAACAUGGCCGACCGCUUCGACGCCAAGUUGAACGACGGCACGCGGAUGAAGGACAAGUACUUCCGCUGCCGGAACAACAACGAUCUGGUCACGCGCGGUCCUCUUCGUCCUUACAAGCACGUCGGCACGGAGAUCUACUUCGACCGAUUCGGCGGCCUCUCGACGAGUACGCUCUUGGACCGUAUUCUCGGCCGGAUCAGCGCGCUUUUGAGGUUCUCCUUGGUCGACGGCGCCAACGACCACGGGGCCGGAGAGUACAUCCGACUCUUCAAGCAAACCGUCAUCGACGAGAGGGUGCCGCUUCUGGACAAGGCCAAGAGCUUGGCGGAGGACGCCGUGCAGAAGGUUGCUCCCGUCGACAAGGAGGCAGCGAAGACGCAGAAAGACGAGAUCGAGACGGCAAAGAAGGCGGUGCUCAAGGCCUCCAAAGAAACUUUCGUCCCGACCAAAAUUCCGGGCUCCGUUCCGGACCACAAGGACACCCCGGAGCUAUGA